AAUAAUAAUAAUGAUACUAUUCAGAUGUUUUAUCUAACUGAAGUGAUGUGCUAAAAGCACAAAAUUACAACCUUGCUGUCUUGUCUUUGUCAGGUUAAUGAUUCGUCAUCUUAGUAAUCUUUGUGAGAACUAGAACGAUGCGGGUUUGAGCGAUGAAGCAUGCAUUUAAUGUUUAGCUAAGUUGCAAACACUCUGAAAGAGUUGUUUGGAUUUUAGCUAAUCAGUAAUGCAGAGUCAGGGUUGUGCGUUUUGUCCUGAAACAAGAAGAACGCAUAAAAUAUCAGGAUGCAAGGAGGCGCAGCUUUAGUUCCUCACGUUGCCCCUGAGGCUUUGGGGGGUUGGGGGUCCUUUUGUUAUGCCUAAGGGAACACAAACACUUUUUUCAGUUACUAUUGAACUUUAUCUCAAAUGACAGCACUAUUUUGUCUUGUCGAGUCAUGCAAAAGGAAGUCUGGUUAUAGAUAAGCUUUUUUCUUUAGAAUUACAUAACUAGAUUUGUGUAUUUUCCUUUUCGUUAAACAUCAUAAUGUCUAAAGCUUUGUAUCUCAGUAAAAAAAAUACUGCUAAAAUUAGAUGUUUUCCUGAUGCAUGCUGGGUAAUGUUUACCAGAAGUGUAAACUGAGUUUUUGUGCUUUCAAAGCUCUGAUGUCUGGCUUUAUAAAAAACUGGGGUUCAGAUAAGUCAGAAUGAUGUAAAACAGCAUUUAUACAGAAUUUGCUUUUGUGCUGUAGGUGAGUUGCUUAAAAGGGACUUUUUAAAAUAUUUUGUUGGUUUUUAAAUGUUUGUGUUUUGGGGUCAAAGUGAGAUAUGCAAUGUUUAACUGUUAAAGCACGGCUAAAAGGAAAGUUAUUUUGAUUAACUUUAGUAUUUUCGUGCAACAUUGUUGCUCAGCGGUUGAUCAGUUAUUGAACCAUCUAACAGUAAGUGACUAACUGCUGCCCUCUGCUGGAAUAGAUCAUUCACUGCUUCUUGUUCUUCUUUUGUUUGUACAGAGCAUCCAACCAGAUAACACUACCAGUGACACCACAACUUCACCUAUGGCAUCAACAUCUCCACUAACAACAUCAUCUCCAAUUCUCACGACAACUUUUCCACCAACAACAACAACUCCACCAAUGACCACCCUUGCUGUACUUGGGCCGGUCACCAAUCUCACGGUAGGGUUUGUGACAUCAUCCUCCUUGUAUGUGACCUGGACUGGACCAGUUGGAGGACAGAUCACUAACGUCACCUGGACAGGUGGAAUUACCAGCAACAGUGAAUCUGUGUCUGUAUUGUUCAAGAACAUUACAAACCUGACUCCUGGAGUCAUGUACAAGAUUUCUGUUACCCCGAUGGUAAACGUCACAGCAGGAACGACUAGCUACGUGUCUCAGUACACAAAGCCUGGUGUUGUCAACAAUCUCACUGGGACUGCUUCCACAACAACCACUGUGUCUCUGAACUGGACGAAACCAGAGGGAAACAGCUUUUUCUACAUUGUACAGUGGACUAAUAGCAGCCUAAACCAGCAGAGUAGCAAUGUUACAACCACAUAUGUAACCAUACCUGAGUUGACUCCUGGAGUGAAGUACAACUUCAGUGUCACAGCAGUGGCUGGCGAUAAUAAAACUACUGGACAAGCAACAACAGUUUCACAGUACACAAAACCAGGUAAAAUUGAGGCCCCUGUCACAAGUGCAACCAAUUACUCCAUCUCCUUGAGCUGGCCCCCUCCGCCUGGUAAUGUCUUCACCUAUGAGGUGAAGUGGAGUAAUGGUGCUAAUUCAACACUGUUUAGCAAAACAACCUCCAACAACUCUGCGGUGCUAAACAACUUGACUGCUGGCACCAACUACACAAUUACCAUCACUGCUUUUGCUGGAGGCAACCAAGGAGACCCUUACACAAUCAGUCAGUUUACAAGACCUGAGAAGCCUGUAAACUUGAUAGUAACAACAAGAGGAACUGACUUCUUAAACAUCACCUGGACUUUGCCCAGCGGAAGAGUUGACUAUUAUACCAUGAAUGUCUCAAGUUCAGAUGUGAAGUAUUCCAAUAACACAAAUUCAAACACAUUUAAUCUUAUAAAUUUAUUGCCUGGGAGAGUCUUUCUUAUCACAGUAAUGGCUGUGGCUGGAACCUACUCCGAAACAUCUGAUCAGUCUUCAUUCGCCACCUAUCCAACUCCCACUGGUUCCAUCGUCAUUAACAGCAAGACUAACUCCUCCCUCCAGCUGGAAUGGACAACCCCACCUAAUAUGAAUGGUGCACCUAACAUCAGCUACCAUAUCACCUACCAGCCUGUACCUUUGAUUGGUAGCAUACAAACCAUAGACUCUACUGGAAAUUACACCCAGCUGCCUAACCUCAACUCUGGAAUCUUGUACAACAUUACAAUAAUUACUGUUGGACCCCAAAACUUAAACAGCGUGGCUGCUUUUACUUCUUCUUACACCCUGCCAAACCUGGUGGAGAGGCUAACAGCCAAUUCUUAUUCCACAAUUUCAAUGAAUGCAGCCUGGUCAAUGCCGCUAGGCUACCAGCCGUAUUACCAGUACUUCGCUCAGAUCUAUAACAUGACAGGAGCACUCAUCACCCAAGACUUGGUUAACGGUACUAGCUGGGAUGUAUCCAAGCUGGAUCCAGGCUCAAACUACUCUAUCAGUGUCAGAACAAGAGCUGCAAAUGGAACUGAAUCUGCUCCAGUGUCAGUCACCAAUUACACAAUGCCCAAAGCAGUGACCAACCUGACAAACAACGUAACUACAACAACGAUCCAGCUCUUCUGGACCAGACAAAGUGACUACAAGUCCUCCUACAGCUACCUGGUGGAAAUCUUUAGCAGUCAGCCGGUCAGCAAUGGUUCCACCCAGAAUGAGACGUUUACUUUCUACAAUCUGAUUCCUGGAACCCAGUACACAAUUUAUGUGACCACAGUCAUAGAAGGGGUCAGAUCAACAAAGACAAACCAAACAAUUUACACAAUUCCUGCUAUUGUUCCUGUUAUUACAGUUAUAGGAAACACAACCACCCUGUCAGUGAACUGGUCAUCGGCUUCUGGGCAGGUUUCGUCCUAUGUUGUCUCGCUGUCCUUGGAAAGCAACAAGACAGAGAUUGUAAACCAAACACAUCAAAGCAAUAAGACUCAAGCUCUGUUUGUGGGCUUGAAGCCGGGGGUAGGUUACUGUGUGGGACUGGUCACUAAGAGUGGAUCAGUGCAGAGUGACAAAGCAACAGUCUGCAAUGCAACCUUUCCCGACCCGCCCGGCUCUGUCACUGUGAACUAUAAGACUACCAACUCCAUCAACUUCAGCUGGUCCCGUCCAGACACCAUGGACCAAAACAGCUUCAACUUCAGUGUCAAUGGUACCAAUUUGACUGGAAACAGUUGGUUCUUGCUGAAUAAUCUUCAAUCAGGAACUCGCUACACAAUCUCUGUGGUUACUGUUGGUGUGAGGGGUUAUAUGAGCACACCAGUGAUGACGACAAGCGACACCAAACCAUAUAAUGUGACAAAUCUAACAGCAACAAAAAUCACCACAAACACAGUGAUUUUGGAUUGGAAUGUGCUAGAGGGCAAAACAGGCUACUCUUUUGAAGUUUUGGUCCAAAAUGCUGGAUCUCCGGUGUCUGUAAGGAACACAACCUCUACUUCCUUCAACGUCACUGGUCUUUCCUCUGGAACCAACUACAGCUUCACCGUGACCACACUGACUGCAGAUGGCACUCGAGCAGACCCUGUGACCCAAUCCAACUUCACAAGACCUAAUCCAAUCACUCAUUUGGGAGCUGAAACUUUAAACAAAACUGCUAUCUUCCUCAACUGGACAAAACCAAUUGAGUACAAGAGCAACUACACAUACAAGGUGAAGACGACCGGGUGUAGCAACCGAAACGAUACCUCCUCCCUGGAGAGUGUGGUGAUCCCAGGGCUCACACCUGGAACUAACUGCACUUUCUGUGUUUCUGUCAUCGCAUCAAAUGUCGCAGAAGGAGAAGAGCUCUGCACAUCUCAGUACACCAAACCUGAGUUUGUGCAGCCUAGUGUCUACAAUCAGGGCUCGAACAGCUCUGUUCUGGUGUCGUGGACCCUCCCCAAUGGAAAUGUGGACAACUUUAACAUUUCUAUAAAUAGCACUUUGGCACAUUUCUAUAAAAGUGUGCAGCUGAAUUCUCCCAAGACCUCAUUUGUGUUUGACAACCUGGCAGCAGGAGUCCUUUACAGCGUUGUGUUGACCACAUGCAGCGGGCCUCUCAGUGAAACAUCAGAUUUAGUUAAUAAUGCAACUUACCCGAACCCUCCUGGGCCGAUUAUGAUCCUGCAGAAGACAACCAGCUCCAUUUCUUUUCACUGGGGAGAAGCUCCUCUAAUGAGCGGCGCAUCAUUCAAAUACGUAUUGACCUGCGCACAAACCCUGCAAGAUGUAAACACCACAAUCGUCCCACCUACAGACACAACUCACAUUUUCUCCCUACUGCUUUCUGGGACACCCUACAACCUUUCUGUGAAAACACAAGGACCGAUGGACUUUCAGAGUAUGGCUGUUUACAGCAACUUGGUCACUACAAUGCCAAACAGUGUGCAGAAUCUCAGUGCAACACCUGGGGAGAAGAACAUCUCAGUUACUUGGUCCAAACCUGCUGGUUACAAGGAAUCCUAUGGAUAUAUUUUGACUGGGAAAAACUCAACUUAUACUACAAAUACAACUACAUACACCAUCAGUAACCUGGAUCCUGGUAGCAUGUAUAACAUUAGUGUUACCACGGUGACCUCUGAUGGAACACAAGCUGCCUCAAACAUCAUUUCUCUCUGCACAGAUGCAAGCCCCGUGAAAGACUUAGACUGUUAUGGACCAAACUUGGGAAUUGCAACAAUCAUUUGCAACUGGACUAAAGUGGAAGGACUGAGCUCUGCUUUUCGGUAUACUGUGAUGGGAAGUUCGCCGCUCAUCCAAUCAAGUUCCCUCUGCUGUACGCUCAAUAUUUCCGACCUUUCUUACAAUACUAAGUACAAUCUAGCAGUGGAGACUCUGAGCUGUGGGAAUCCCAGCCCUACCGUUUUUAAAAGCUGCCAAACUGGCAUCACAAACCCAACCCUUCCAUCAAAUUGGGAAAGUUUAGUGCCAGUGAAAGGCAAAACAAAGACAUCAUUCACAGUUCAGGUCGACCCCAUUCUGCUAAACGGCACAUGGGGACCAGUAACAAAUGUUGGAAUUUUGGUAUCAAGGAACAAUUACGCCCAAGUAUCUGCUGACAAAGGUUUUCUGGCAAAAACUUACAAAAACUGGAAAGAAAAUUUAGCUGAUGGUUACCUGGCAGCAAUAAUAAAUAUUAGCAACAGCUCUGCAUCGCGCAGCACUCAGGGUCCUGUGAGCAUUGAUGUUGGAACUGGAACCAGCUGGAAAGACUACUUCAAUGGUCCUCUGGAUCCUGCUGGAUCAUACAAAUACGCCAUUGCAAUCUUCACUCUUUUGGAUUUGAACUCAACAACCCAGCUGGUUUCCAUCAAUUCUAUCGUCUCAAUAACAAAUUUCAACACAGUCACUAUAGAUUCAGAUAUAAUUCCGAUUGCUGUUGGAGCUGCAGUUGCAGUGUUUGGAAUUUUCCUAGUCCUCCUUUUGGGAUUCGCCUACUGGAGAAGGUCAUCCAAAAAGAAGGAGCCAGACAUACCCAUUCAACAAUUGGGAAGCAGAGCUGUGAGGGUGGAGGAAUUUGAAGCGUACUACAGGAAGCAGAAAGCAGACUCCAACUGUGGCUUUGCUGAAGAAUUUGAGGAGCUGAAACCCGUCGGCACAAGUCAGGCAAAGAUUCACGCUCUGGCUUUGGAGAACAAGCCUAAAAACCGCUACAACAACGUGCUUCCUUAUGAUUCUUCAAGGGUGAAACUCUCGAUUGUCCAUGGAAAUCCGAAUGGCGAUUACAUUAAUGCUGACUACAUGCCGGGUUACCUCUCCAGGAAAGAGUUUAUUGCCGCUCAGGGUCCUUUGCCUGUUACUGUCAGUGAUUUCUGGAGGAUGAUCUGGGAAAAGAACGUGUACACUUCAGUCAUGCUGACACGCUGUAAUGAGCAGGGGAGAGUUAAAUGUGAGCAGUACUGGGGUCCAGGCACUAUGCACUAUAAAGACAUAACUGUGACAAUAACCACUGAAAUCCCCCUGGAAGACUGGACCAUCAGGGAGUUCAGCGUGAAAAAUGUUAAAACGACAGAGGUUCGUUUAGUUCGUCACUUCCACUUCACCGCCUGGCCGGAUCAUGGCGUUCCAGAAACCACAGAGCUCCUCAUCAGCUUCAGACAUUUGGUCAGAGAGCACAUGAACCAGUACACGGACAGCCCCACCGUGGUCCACUGCAGUGCUGGUGUGGGGCGCACAGGCACUUUUAUAGCCAUCGAUCGUCUGAUCUACCAGAUCGAAAGGGACAAUAUUGUAGACGUCUAUGGCAUUGUUCACGACCUGCGAAUGCACCGGCCCCUCAUGGUGCAGACAGAGGACCAGUAUGUAUUCCUAAACCAGUGUGCCUUGGACAUCAUCCGUUCAAGAACAGGGACCAAUGUAGAUCUAAUCUACCAAAACACAGAGGCAAUCUCAAUUUAUGAAAAUGUAGAACCAAAGAAAGCGUAUCCCAAAAGAAAACAAUAACUUCAUGGUGUUGUUUAGUUUUUUUUUAUCCGUAUUGUUUUUCUUUGCAAUCAAGGGCCGAGCACAUACGUGUAAAAUACUUUUCUGCUGUAUUGAUUUUGUAUCAGUGACAAACUUUGGGUCUUAACCUCAGUUUAUGUUGUAUUUAUUUUUUUAAAAUGUUGAAUAUUUGAACAUGGAUGAUGCAAUACUGGAAAUAAUCAUCAAUCUAAAAAAAUGUAAUUAUUUGUACAAUUCUGCCUUAGAUCUUUUUCUUAUUCAUGCAUACUUUUGCACUGCACAACUAUUUUACAAAUGUGACCUACUGUAAACGACUCACUGAUGAUUCAGUUCUGCUCAGGUACAUUUUUAUGUAUUUUUGUAUUUUUACAAUCUCUUUUUAUAUAGUAAGAUCUGGAAUAGACUUGUAAAUAGUAAAUGUUGAGAUAUAUUUUACAAACUAAAUGCUUUACCACCAACAGGGAGCAGUGUUUUAUUGUUUUUUAAAUACUUUUUCUAAAUAGGAACCAUAUAUUAUUUUUAAUAAACCUUCAAUUAUUUCCAUGUUUUUGCUCGACUAACAGCAACUCGAUACAAACUGUGCAAUUAAUGAUGGAUUAUAUUUGUAUGAGUCUUUCUUUUUAUGCACUGCAAUGUAAAAAAUGCACUGGAUGCAUGUGUCCUUGACACUGUACACUUAAAAAAUAGAGUGGUGUUUGUUUCAUUUAUGCCAGUGCUGCAUUAAGUGGAAUAUUUUACCUGUCAUUCCUCACUUAAUUAUUACAGCUCAGGAACUCCUUAAGAACAUUUUACUGAUAAUUAAGGCGUAAAACCAGCAUGUGCACUCAAGUGUACUGUCUAGAAAUUGGAGUAUGUUGAUUUUCUUUUUAUUCUGUGCAUUCCCAAGAGUAACUGUAAUGCCUUGUCACUUCCUGCUACAUAUCUGAUCCAGCUAUUGGGUCAUUUCCUGUUAAAACCACCAGAGAUGCACAACCCUUAUUUUUAUCUCAAGAAUUUUCCAUGAGGCAGGUACGUUUUUACAGAAUCGUGUGGCCUUUCUUUGUCAAGUUUUAACUUGCAGUAUCAUUGUGUACUCAAAGCAAUUAGAUGCACUUGUGUUUUUAAUAAAUAACAUAAAUUAAUAUUUUUAAUAUGCUUGAUGAAAUGCUUGCUGGUUCAAUGCAGCUAUAUAAAAGGAGCUUGAAUUUAAAUUAUGUAUAUUUUUCUAACUGUCAAAUGAAAAGAGUUUGAAGAUGUACGCUGUGGUAUUGGUCUACUUUUCAUGAAAGCCCACCAGCUUCAUUGUGAUUAAAGCAUUUACCAAAAA